AUGUGCUGGGUAGCCGAGUGCAUCAUGGGGUGCGGGCACAAGCGCCAGCCCGGCUACGGCGACGAAUACAUCCGGGGUCUCCUGCCAGCCUUCUUCCCCAUGGAAUGGUGCGAAGAGGAACGACGCAACGGACACUGCCAGCGGAACAACAAGCCGCUAAAGAUCGAUCCGACCAAGGUGCCCCACGGACCAGGACGUCUUACGCGCCCAUGCGGUUUCUGCGAGGAGAAGGGACAGGAUAUCCAGGCCGUGAUCUUCCACGAAGCCCAGUUCAUCGACCUCUACCUCAACAAGCCGUUCCUGGGGGACGGCUGGCGGGAACAUUACCGCGAGAUGAAGGACGACCUUAUCAAGAGCUCCCUGGACGCCGGCGUCGGCAAGGCUUUGCGAAAGCGGGACUUGGACAAGGGCAUGGAGGAGUUCAAGAAGCUGCUGGGUGAGGGCAGACCCGUUCUUUGCAAAAUGAUCCGGAACAAGGUCAACGAGUUUAUCCAGGCCGACCUCGUAGCCCAGGGACGGCGAGGAGCAUGGGAACAGGCGCAAGCUGAGAUGCAAGAGAGACUCGAAAACUCGACGCUGCCCUGGGAAUGGUACGAUGUCCCAGAACAGGAGCAACAGGCGCAAUAG